CAACACUUCCCCUCCCUCUCUUCCCCUCCUUUCCUUCGAUUCUCUCGUCGUUCUUCUGAGAAUUCAACAUUAUCUUCUCACCCUUUAUCCAUCCCACUUCAGAAUCUCCAGCCACGGUUCUAAACCACCAUAUACUUAAUUCUCCCCCUCUGCCCCUCACGUCCGCCUGUGGCUGGACACCUUACCACAAUUCGUUUCCACUCGGUUUCUCCUCAUCCAAGGAAUGAUCUCACGUCAAACCGGACUCUCGUCGUCAACCCGCCUCCAGAACUGGUGCGAAAUCACAGAAGGGCUAAUACCCCAUUCCCCCUCACCGUCGAUACUCUAUUGACACGCAACUGUUGUCCCUUAACCGUCCCAUCGAGCCCAGCAUCCUCCCAAGAUAAUGGCCCCAAGCGCGCCCGGCGCGGCCAAUAACACGGCCGCUAAAAAGUCUACAAAUGCUCCAGAGAGGAAAUACAAGUGCCAAUUUUGCAAUCGCGCCUUUAGCAGAAGUGAGCAUCGCAGCAGGCAUGAGCGAUCCCGUAAGUGACCCUCAUUGCGAGCUGGGCACAAGCCGAUCUUUUCUCUUGCUAACCUGUUCUUCCGCUAGAUACCAAAGAGAGGCCCUUCAAAUGCUUGAAAUGCCGUAGUACUUUCGUUCGCCGGGACCUUCUUCUUCGUCAUGACCGUACUGUCCACGCGAAGGACGGUGGGAUACCGCUCGUUGCCGAAGGACGUCGCCGUGGUGGUGCCCAAAAGGCAUCAUCAUCUGCAGCCCCAACGCCUGCGCCUGCUCCCGUGCCCGUCCCGUCAAAGCCGUCGAUUACCAUUGAUCCUGCUACUUUGGAGCAAAUCGAGGCAAGCAGCGACGGAAUGGUCGACCUAGAAACUGCAGCUAUGUUGAUGACGGAUUUCCAACAUAAAGCCGCAGCAGCUGCUACUGGUCAUGGCGAUCAUACCGCAGCGGAUCGCGCCUUCUCGCCAUCUCGUGGCCCGCUACUCGAACCCUCUGUCUCGUACCUGUCGGGUAAUGCAACAUUGCCCCAGAUGCCUUGGGAUACGCUUGUGUCGUCUACAGAUACAAGGCAUCACUCCCUAAGCUCCGGUUUCCUGUCGCGUGAGGACAGCAUGCACCCGUAUACCCAUUCGGGCAUGGGUCGACAAGUAGCUGGUGAUGUGUUAGCGCCAUCGCUUAACUCUUUCGUAAACUCGCUUCCAGAGUCCGGGAACUCCACUCCCAAUGCGCUGUCUCCGUAUCUGUCAAUGACUGGCCCUGUGAGCCCAGUCAAUUAUCGCCGAUCUCCUGGGCCCAGUCAGGCGUUGACCCUUCCCAAGUCUCCUCAAUUAGCAGAUGAUGUGGAGCGCAAUAUCGUCAUCGAUCGGAUCAAGCAGGCGGACGCUCUCGGCUCGCUUCCGGACACUUUCCAACUACCGUCGACGGCUGCUUUGAACAGGUACCUGGCAACGUAUUUUAACCUGUAUCACCAUCAUAUGCCAUUCUUGCACCAGGAGACAUUCAAUCCUACCUCGGCGUCGCCACAUCUGCUGCUAGCUGUUCUCUCAAUUGGUGCCUUGUACACUUUCGAACGGGAACAUGCGUUCAUGCUCCAUGUUGGCUCCAAAGUACUGGUGAACCAAUUCUUGCAGCAUAAGGAUAAUUUUGAUUCCAGGAAAUGUCCUUUGUGGGCCAUGCAGAGCACUUUAUUGAAUAUGAUUUUUGAAAGUUGGAGUGGGGACCCCAAGGGUCUUGAAUGGACAUGCUCCAUCAAGAGUCUCCUCGCAAAUAUGGUCGCAGGCAACCGCUAUCAAUUGAAGGUUCGGACGGAAGCUCGGGAGGGAGCUCGGCUUACCCGUGAGGAGUGGAUCGAGGAUGAGACUUGCCGUCGUACAUAUUAUGCCGUGUAUAUCUUCUUUGGCAUGCUAACGUUGACCUUCAACCACACUCCUGCCAUGAGCUUCGAUGAGUUCGACAACCUGGAACUUCCAUCCUCGGAGUCCCUGUGGAACCUGGACGUCACGGAUGACGAAGCAUGGGAUAGAUACCUAUCGUCUCCGACAGCGAUAACCGUUCGUGAAGCCCAUGAUAGUCUAUUCCAGGGAGAACAAACACGAUACAGUGCCUUCGCCACGCGAGUGAUGAUCAACGCUUUGUUCCUACAGGUGUGGCUUCAUAAGAGAAGCUACGAAGCUCUGCAAGAUGUCGUGACAGAGUUUAAACUCCGUCUCGCAUUGGAAACGUGGGAGAGCUCGCUUGAAGUCUGUGAACCAGAAACGAUUGUGGUUCCGUUGAGCACGCCUCAGAAAGGCCACCCUCUGAUCUUCAAUUCGAUGGCUGUAUAUCGCAACACACGUGCUCGCUUGGAAGUUGACCUCAAGUCUGUGCAGGAAGCUCUCCGCUAUCACUCGUCUUACGAAAUUGCAGCUGCCAUGACGGUUGCCCGUGAGAAGGUUAAGCGGUCUCAAGAAAUGAACAAAGUCAUUCAACAAUGCUUUGAAUGCAUUGAACUUGCCGCUAUUCAAGGCAUAAACUGGGUUGCAAAGACCUCGGCCACUAACUGGAGCAUCGAGCAUCCUCUUUGUGGUCUGGAUCUAAUGGUCAUUCUCAGCCUCUGGCUCUAUCGCCUGGAACAUGACGAAGAGCCGGCCACAGAGGCGGAACUGGCCAUGUACAACAAGGUGCGGAAUUUGUUUGAUGAGGAUGCUCUCGACGCUUUUGGCAAACUUAGCUCUACUGUGGCCCGUGUAUGGGGUAACAUCCUAGACGGCGUGGUAGUCUGGGGAAUUACCAAGCUCAUGGGCGAGUCAUUCAAACUUCAUUCCCAAGCCUUGAUUGGCUACGAAGACUCGCUGCGAGUCGCCAAGGAUCAACCUAUUCACACCAUGACUCACAAGGCUCUCGUAGGAACCGCUUACUAGGGCCUCCGCAACAUGGGGUAUUCGAUCAUUUUCUUCGACGGUCCUUGUUUCGUCUUGGUUACCUUAAGAAAGUUACUUCCAUUCCGCUCGUUAUUUAAAGGCGGCUUCAUGAAUACGCUGCCGUUACAUUCUUUUAAUACUUCAUCUACCCUCGUUACGGUCUAAUUUCGACAUCUAAUCGGGACACUGGCGGUAUUUCGGGUUUCAAGCAAGGUUGGGAAUGGAUGGGCACAGUAAGUGGGCGGCAACGGCGUUCUUUUUGAGUAUGGGACGCUUUGAUUGCCUUUCUUCCACCUGACGCUUGUCCAUAUGUUCCUACCAGUUUGGGCUUUUUGUGUUUUGUUUUUGUUUUGUUUUGUUUUUUUGCUUCUCGUCUUGUUUAUGUUUUGUGCCAUUUAGGGUCUAUUGUCUCUGUUUAUUGUUUGAAGAACUCUCAGGAGUCUGGUGCAUUCGUCUUGUUGGUUUGAGUGCCGAUUUCCGAAGCAAGAUUACACCUGGCUGGUCCUGUGUGGUUUCUUCGGCGCUUUUAAUUGAUUUUCCAUCUUGCUACUUUUUGAUUUUUGUCUUGCUCCGUUCCUGCAUCAGCGUAUCUACUGUCAUUUUGACCCGUCAGUUUGUCCCUUGAGUGCUUGAUACCUUGUUCAUUAUAUGCUCUGCUAUUCUGCAAUGUCUAUUUAACGUCUUUUAAAGUCAUUCUCUUGCGUUCGACUGAUAGUUUUUGCUAAUUACUUCUCUAAUAUUCGUCUUGUGUUUAGAAAUGUUUGCCAUAUGUUCUGCAUGUUUCUCAGUUCAGGUUCUCCCCUCAGAAUGCUCAGUGUUAUUUGCAGUUGUCUAUGUUGUUAUUGCAUGCUGAAGAGUUUUGUGUUUUUGAUGAAUUAUUCUUUUUUGAGUCUUUCAAUGUGUUGAUCUGAUUUGCGUUCCUUGUACUAUAAGAAUAAGUAAUCUGCAGC